AUGCUUUCAAGAACAAUCACUAAUGUCGUGCGUUCACCUGUGGUAGGAGUUUACGGAAUGAACUGCAUUCGUCCUCAAAUGGCAAGAAACUACGCUACUUUAAAGGAAGUGGAGACUCGUUUGAAAUCUAUCAAGAAUAUCGAAAAGAUUACCAAAACAAUGAAAAUUGUUGCUUCUACAAGAUUGGGUAAGGCACAAAAGGCUAAAGCGACCGCUAAUAAAGUUGACGAGGCAGAUCAACAAUUCUAUAAGAAUGCAGAAACUAAAUCAUUAGUCAGUGAAGACGCACAAGAACCUCCAAAGGAAUUGCUUAUUGCAAUUACUUCCGACAAAGGUUUAUGUGGGUCCAUUCAUUCUCAAUUAGCAAAAAGUGUCAGAAGACAUUUAGUCAAUGCGCCUAACGCAGAUAUUGUUGUCAUUGGAGAUAAGAUUAAGAUGCAAUUACUAAGAAGUAACCCUGAUAAUAUUAAGUUGGCGUUCAAUGGUGUCGGUAAAGAUGCUCCAACGUUCCAAGAAUCAGCCUCUAUAGUUGACAAAAUUUUGAGUGAAUUUGAUACUCGUUCAUAUCCAAAGAUAUCAAUCUAUUUCAACGACCCAAUUAGUUCGUUAUCGUUCGAAUGUAUGCACAAGCCCCUUUUCAAUCCGGAAGCCAUUGAAAAGUCACCUGCAUAUGGUAAAUUUGAUAUUGAUAAUGACGCAAACGUUUCAGCUGAUUUAUUUGAAUAUACUUUUACAACUCAAAUCUUUACUGCCAUGGCAAAGGGACAUGCAGCUGAGAUUUCAGCUAGAAGAACUGCAAUGGAUAAUGCAUCUAAGAAUGCAGGGGAUAUGAUCACAAGAUAUUCUAUUCUAUACAAUAGAACAAGACAAGCUGUUAUCACUAAUGAAUUGGUCGAUAUUAUUACCGGUGCCUCCACAUUGGAUUAA